AUGGUUCAUGUCCUCCAGCUGCUGCUGCUGGGAGUCCGCGAGUUCAAUUUCUGUCAGGGGCCAGAUAUUGGCUUCCCCAUCGCUUUGCGGGUUCAAAUAGCGGUGAAGUUCGGGCGCAUGUCGAAGAAGCAGCGGGAGAAGGUGGAGGACGAAGUGCGCUUCCAUCGGGCCCAGCUGCGCGCGCAAACGGAGACAGCCCCUGACUCGUCCGGCUUCGACCAGCAGAUGCCCUCAUCAUCGGACCAGUUACACACGACUGCCUACAACGGCAGUUACACCUAUGGAGGUGACAUGAGUGGGUACGGCGCGGUCGGCAGUGCAAGUGGCGGCUACACGGGCGGCGGCGGCUAUGGGACGGCAACGCCCGUCCAAAUGGGCUACGUCAUCAGCGCCGAUUACGUAGACAGCACCACCACUCGCAUCAACAGCGUAGUUGUUGGCCUAUUGCCCAACCCUCCUUCCCCCGAGCUUAAGGAGGCAACGGCGGCGGCUGCUGGGCUUCUCGAUCCACCCACGGCCCACCGCAGGCCGAGUGGUGGUAACAGCAAGAAUUUAAAUCUACUCGGAGGACCCCAGCCUCCCACACUGAGGACCACCAAUUCUUCUGGUGGAGGGCUUGUUGCGGUGAAACAAGAAGCAGCAUCUGCAGCCGCAGGUGUGGCAGCGCCAACAUCUGGUACUAGCGUUGACGGUGGAGGCAUGGUGGCGGGCUGUUUUGUGGACAGUACCACGUUCUUGGGGGCCACCCCUUCACCUAAUAGUACUACAGGCAACCAGCAGCAACAGCAGCAAAGGCUGACACACCACCAUCCAUCGCUGCAACCCACACACCAGUUGAGAGAUGAUGCUGCUCCUUCCGUCCAUCCGAACCCAGCUCAGAUCUCGGAACUUUUGGCGAAAACAAUUGCGGAUGCCCAUGCUCGCACCUGCCUCUACACUCUGGACCACAUCCAAGAAAUGUUCCGGAAGCCACAAGACCUGUCCAAGCAGCUCUACUACAAGAAUCUGGCUCAUGAAGAAUUAUGGUUAGAGUGUGCUCAGAAGCUAACAACAGUCAUCCAACAAAUCAUUGAAUUUGCUAAAAUGGUGCCUGGCUUCAUGAAAUUAACCCAAGAUGACCAGAUUGUUCUUCUAAAAGCUGGGAGUUUUGAAUUGGCUGUACUGCGAAUGAGCCGAUACUUCGAUCUCACUCAAAAUUGUGUGCUUUACUCAGACACUCUGCUUCCUCAGGAGGCUUUCUUCACUACUGAGUCAGCAGAAAUGAAUCUUGUAAGAUGUGUCUUUGAAUUUGCAAAGAGCGUAGCUGAAUUAAAGCUCACUGAAACAGAACUGGCCCUCUACUCUGCCUGUGUGCUGCUGCAAGCUGAUCGACCUGGGCUGAAGGGACUUGCAGAGAUUAGUCGUCUCAGUCAGGCUGUUAUGCGAGCAUUGCGACUGGAAAUUGAUCGCAAUCAUGUUGUACCCAUCAAAGGUGAUGUCACUGUAUGUGAUUCAAUGAUAGCAAAACUUUCAUCAUUAAGAGAACUCAGUGUGUUACAUAUGGAUGCACUAGCUAAAUUUAAGCGCUCUACCCCACAUCUGGAGUUUCCAGCUCUCCACAAAGAACUCUUCUCUGAAUUUGGAACUGUGCAUCUCUUCUCACUGCUCAUCAGAUGCAGUUACUACAACAGCAAAAGGUUGCCUUGUGGCGUGCAAAUGACCCAUUUCACAUGACAUUUCACAUAGAAACUGCAAAGUUUCAUUUGUAGGGGAUGUCGAAUUGUCAACACUGACACACACAUAUACACACAGUCACACACAUGUACACACACACACACACCACACACACACACACACACACACACACACCACAUAC